AUGACCAUGGAAGCAUCUGUACCUUUGCCGGCCAAAGAUAAGCUUUGUGAGAAUUAUUGCAGGAUAUUGGAAGAGGAGGUACUCGGCGAGAUCACAACCUCCGCGUACAACCUGCAGUUCGUCCCUCUCGCAGAAGAUGUCGUGUCACUCGAACAUGAUAGUGCACUCAGGGAGAUCUGGGCAGACGGAGAUGAGACUGUAUCAUACAGCUCUAAUGCUCGCGUUCAUGACUACGCAAAGUUUAUACGUAUAUGCACACAUUCUCUCGGAGAAAUUAAGCUGACGGCCCAGCAACUAGCCAGAUUACUGUCGAAGAAUCUCGAGAGUAAUACACCGGAUAAUGCAAACAACAUGCUAGGAACAACGUCAGACAAGCUGGAUUCACUUAUGACCAUCGACUGGAGAGUGGAUAUGAUCACUCCUUUGCUCACACAGCUGACAUACGAGGGUCUCAUCGACGAAGUCAUCGGGAUUAGAAAUUCGCAUGUCGAGCUCCCGGUAUUGCUUUUGACUCUGCCCAGCGCUCCAAACCAAGCUGCAGGAUCUUCAACGACACCCCAACCCCAAGCAGGCACUUCGCUAGCACGAGAGAGAAGAAGAAGAAACACCACUUGA